AUGGAUGCCAGCAACGGCCAUUCGAGUGGCGGAGGAGCGUACGCUAAACCACAGAAGUGCAAUCAAAACGUUCAGGUUUACGUUCGCGUUCGACCCACAAACAGUCGCGAGAAGUUGAUCCGAUCACAGGAGAUCGUGGAGGUGAUUUCUCCCCGGGAGGUGCAACUCAAAUCCACCUACACCGAUUCGCGAACGUCGAAGAAGUUCACCUUUGAUCGGGCAUUCUGCCCGGGUUCGAAGCAGUAUGAAGUGUACCACUCGGUGGUGGCACCGUACAUCGAAGAGGUGCUGUCCGGAUUCAACUGUACAGUGUUCGCCUACGGUCAAACGGGCACCGGUAAAACGUUCACCAUGGUCGGUGAGGAGGAACCGGAGCUGAGUGCGGCUUGGGAGGAUGAUACGAUGACCGGUAUCAUCCCGCGCGCGGUCAAUCAUCUGUUCGAUGAGCUGCGAAUGACAGAGCUGGAGUUUUCCAUGCGCGUUUCCUACCUCGAACUAUACAACGAGGAGCUGUGCGAUCUGCUUUCGACGGAUGAUUCGGUGAAGAUACGCAUCUUCGACGAUGUGCAGAAGAAGGGCUGUGUGAUCGUGCAGGGUCUGGAGGAGAUACUGGUGCACAGUAAGGACGAUGUGUAUAAGCUGCUUGCGAAGGGACAGGAGCGGCGUAAGACGGCGUCCACGCUCAUGAACGCACAAUCGUCACGCUCGCACACGAUCUUCUCGAUCAUCGUGCACAUCAAGGAGAACGGCAUUGAUGGGGAGGAGAUGCUAAAGAUCGGUAAGCUUAACCUGGUCGAUCUGGCCGGCAGUGAAAACAUCUCGAAGGCGGGUAAUGAAAAGGGUAUCCGGACACGCGAAACGGUCAAUAUUAACCAGUCACUAUUGACGCUCGGACGUGUGAUAACGGCGCUGGUGGAGAAGACACCACACAUCCCCUACCGGGAGUCUAAGUUGACGCGCUUGCUGCAGGAAUCGCUCGGCGGACGCACAAAAACGUCCAUCAUUGCGACGAUUUCACCGGGUCAUAAGGACUUUGAAGAAACGCUCAAGUACACGGAAGAGAUCGAUCGAUUAAAGCGCGAUCUGCUGGCGGCCCGGGACAAGAACGGUAUCUAUCUGGCGGAGGAAACGUACAAUGAGAUGGUUUACAAGUCGGAAGCGACCACCAAGGAACUGAACGAUAAGUCAGCCCUCAUAAAAGCGAUGAAGGAGGAGCUGGCGAAGAAAGAGUUGAUCUUCAAGGAGGUGGCCGUCAGUUUGGAGGAACGCGAAGCAGAGUUACGCCGUACAGAGACGGAUCUGGGGAAGACGCGUCUCGAAUUGACCACCACUAAGCAAAACCUUUCGAAAACUAAGCGACGUUACGUGGAGAAGAAGGUCAUAUUGGAGGAGCAUAUCAAAACCGAGCAAGCAUUGACGGGCCAGGCAAAGCAAUUGAUCGAUGUCGUUGAGAUGGUAACGGAGGAUGCCGAUGGAUUGCAUGAUACGGUCGAUCGACGGAGGGAAGUCGACAGUAAAAAUCGGAACGCUACGGAAAAGUUUGUCGAUCGAUUUCGUCAGCGCAUAACGACCAUACAGAGCGAUGUCUCUAAUUUGGUCGCGGGAGGCAAGCAAUUAACGAGCUCUUUGAAUGCAGAGAUAGAGAACCAUCAUAAACAGGAACAGGAAUUGUAUGCCCAUACCCUAGGCUUCUUCUCGACACUGGAAACGGAAAGCCAAGCCUUACUACAGGAAAACAAUAACCUCGUCGAGGGUUUCAAGGCAACGUUGGGGGAUCAGUUGAACGUACAACACGCCUCUGCGAUUCAGUACCUUGAACAAGUCGAACGAAGUCGCAAAGCGUUGUUGCUAUCGUUUGUGACAACACUCGAUGAGUGUAAAGGUAGCGUAAGGAAAACCAUUAAAAGGCAAAGGGAAGAACAGCACAACCAACUGUUGAAUCUGAUGAAUCAUUGUGAAGCCAGAGACAUGCAAAAUGUCGAGGUCUGCACUUCGGUAAGCAGCAAACUCCAAGAAAUGGAAACAAUGGUGUCGGUGUUCGAGCAGAGCCGUAAUAAGCUGCAAGAGUAUAGGCAACAGUCAGAAUUGUCUCGCUUGGAAUCGCUGGAAGCAGUUCAAACGAUGGCGAAAAACGCGAAAAGCUUCUUCGAGAAUCAACUAUCUAGCUUCUUCCAGAAGAUGUGCGACGACUCGGAACAUCGUGCUCUGCUUUCUCAAACAGUUACUACUCUAGAGGACGAAUUCAAAAAUCAACAGCAUGCCACAGAGCAACAUUUGACAGCUAUUAAGCAAACGGUCGUUUCCCAGGAGAAAGCAAUCAGCGAAAGUACCACCACACGAGAACAGCUAAAGAAACAGAGCGAAGAGCUGAUGGCUCAACAUCAAACGAUAAUCGAUGAAAAGCUUAAAGAAACAUCCCUAGAUAAGGUGGAAAUCUGUGCGAAAGAGCUAGAAAAUUCUAUCUCCCAAGAGCGAAACCGUUUGGACGAUGCGCAGCAAGAUGCACAGCAACGGCUAGCCUCCUUUGUCAAUACGGUCUCCACCAAUAAUGAUAGCUUUGGGCAAUCGCAGCGCGCAACGUUUGAAAGAUUACAGGAAUGUAUGCGAGAACAGAAAACGGGCCGGGAGCAGUUUGCUGGAGCCGCGUGUGACCAGACCCAGCGCCUCGCGGAGACGCUCGCUACGAUCGAGCGCAAGGCUAAUGAGACACAGCUGGUAGAGCUACAGGCAGAGGUCGAACAGUUCCGACAGCAAGAACUGACCUUCUAUCAGCCAACCGGUAAGACACCAAUCCGUAAGCGUGUGCAGUACCCGCGAGAGGUUCCCAUGACCGCACCGGAUGAGCGAAUCAUUCGUCGUUACUGGCGUGAACGUGGUGACACAGAUACAUCGAUGACGAUAUGCGAGGAUGAAGAGAUUAGUCCGCAGAAAAAUGGUUACAAACGGUGUGACGAAAUUCGCAAUUCGACACCACUCGCGCAGAAAGUGUUAAACCACGUGCUGGAUGAAGAUAGGACUCACUUCAAGGAACUGCAAAUCUCUAACAUUGAUUCCAAGAUUUUAUCGUUACAUGUGUUAGAGGACAGCGGAGACGGUGAUAAAGAGAACAAAAGCACCCAAGAGUCUUAUUGAUUAGGUUGCGUAUCAUCCCGUAGUGUAGGUGUUUUUCGUUUUGGUUUGACUUUUUCUAUUUUAACUUAAGUUGUAUAAAAUAAAAGAGAAGCCUUUUUAUAUACGAGAUCGGCAGCCAGCCAUUUUGAAUGUCGUACAACAAAAGGAUGCUGACGCCUUCUUGAUAAUAGUUAAAAUUUAGUUGGGGCCAUUUAGAGGUGUAGGGAAGCCGCAUUUUAACAAAACAAAUGGAACGUACAUUUUGCUACCUUUGCUAUUUUAUCUUCCUUAACACGUGUAAUAACGUUACGUCAGUACUAAGCCUCCGCCGGCAUACAAUCCAGUUUUCGUAGGAAUCUAUUAUUGAUAGGUUGUAGGAAAGAGCAGAAAUUGUUUCCUGGAAACAGAUGGUUAUUUUUAAAAUAAAAAAGGACAACAACAGAUACGCAGAACUGCGAAAGAUUGUUUCGGAAUCAAACAGCAGAGAAAGCGGUUGCAAAUGUUGUAGUUCCUAUUUCGGUUGAGUGUAUUUCCACGUAGUGUAACACUUUUUUGUUUUUGAAUAUGUUAAUGUAUAAAUAUGAAACCAGUUCACCCACUUUGGCAACGAAAGAAAAGGGAUGAACUAGGUGUAGUCUAGUAGAUGACUUUGUGUUGUCGAUGGCGUGUCUUUAUCUAUUAUUGCUGUCAAAAGUUUAGAUAAAAUGGAUAAAACGUGAUCAAAAACACGUACUGCCCAUAAACGCAUAUCUGGCGCAUGUAAACUUUCGUUACUUAUGUUGCUUUCGACAUACGACUGGCAGCCUUUAAAUGAUUUGUUUUGCUAACAGUAAAAUUAUGUUUUUACACAAAAUGUUGAAAAAGAAAACAACCUAUUGACGAAAUUUGGCAAUAGAUAAGGGAUCAAUUUAUGAAAAUUUCAACCAAAAGCACCCGGAUCAUAGCAUCUUUAUGCGAAACCAUGAAUAACAUUGCAAAGUUGUUUGUAUUAUGCAUUUACUCUUGCCUUCCAUGCACAAAUAAACGAAUAUGAGUAACUAACACCAGUUUUUGUUUUAAAUUUUUGAUCAAAAUUUAAAUCCCUUUUGAACAAUUUGCUGUGUAAGUGUUCUGCAAUGUUCUUUAAAUGAUGACGUAAAAAUUUUGAUUAUUUGUUUCAGAAAUCAACUCCAUAUCAAAGAUACAUCGGAGCGGCGUUCCAAUAUCGUAUUUCUCAGUUGAGUUGUUUUCCUUUUAUGGGUAGCAUAAUAUUCGGUAAGUUUCGUUCGGUGUUAUCAUGCUCUAUCACGUCCUGAAACUCUUUUCUAACACACCGUUAAAAGUAUGACCUAAUUAAAAAAACAAUAAAGAAAGGAUGUGCCCUCGAGUUUGCUGACUAGGUCGAUGGUUGCUUAAUGAUGAUGAUGGUGAUUGAUAAUCCGGUUCUGAGGUUCUCUAGCUGGUUGCCAUCGUUUUCA